AUUAAAUCGAAUCAGAAUUGGAGUAGAGUCAGAGUUAAAUUACUGAUUUUUUUAUGAGAUUCACCUUCGAUUUGAUUUUGAUUCAAAGAUAGAUUAUAUUAUCGGCCUCCAAGUCCAUUUUUUUUGCUCAUAUUUUCCUCGGACUGUGUCUGAAUGUGUGAUUGUGGUCGGAUUCGGAUCUAAUUAGAAGCCGUAAAUCUCCCACUCACCAAACCCUCAAACUUGUCAGUUCCCUUCUCUCUCCUCUUUCUAAAACCCUCGUUAAACCUUGGAGUUUGGACAUAACAAAUGCAAUGAUCAAACUCGGCAACUUUUAAAGACCAUCUCCAUUCUUCCAUUUCAAAAACACAAAAAGUCAAGAUUUUUAACCAAAUUCAAUCGAUAUUUUCGUCUGAUCAUGUCAGAUUCCUUAAAAAUUACCCUAGCAAAUAACCCAAAAGUUUGGAUUUUGAUUGGUGCAGGAGUUGCAGGGCUUGCGGUUGUUGUUUAUAAAGAGAGAAAGAGGUGGAAUGAGAAGAAGUUUCUAGAAAGAGAGGAUUUUGGAGCCUUUGUUGAACGUUUUGAACUUUUCCCUUUUUCUCAACCGCCACCUCCUGCUGCUCCUUUGCCUCUCAAUGGGCUCUCAUUUGCAAUCAAAGACAUAUUUGAGAUUAAGGGUCGGGUAACCGGUUUUGGGUGCCCGGAUUGGAAGAAGACUCAUGAAGAGGGAGAGAAGACAGCUGAGGUUAUUAUUAAUUUGCUGAAGAAAGGGGCUACUUGUGUCGGGUCAACUGUUUUGGAUGAGCUUUCAUUUGGGAUAACCGGUGAAAAUUUGCAUUAUGGUACUCCUACUAAUCCGUCGACACCACAUCAUAUUCCUGGGGGGUCUUCAAGUGGCUCGGCUGUAGCUGUUGCUGCUCAGCUUGUUGAUUUUGCACUUGGCACUGAUACAAUUGGAUGCGUAAGAAUUCCAGCAUCGUUUUGUGGUAUUUUUGGAUUUCGACCUUCUCAUGGGGUUGUUUCUAUGGAUGGAGUCCUGCCAAGUUCUCAGAGUCUAGAUACUAUUGGAUGGUUUGCUCGGGAUCUCAAAGUUUUACAUUGUGUUGGGCAUGUGUUGCUGCAGUUGAAGGCUGAGCCUAGGAGGUCAAGGCGCUUUGUAGUUGCAGAUGAUCUUUUUGAAAUUUCAAAUGCUUCAAAACCUAAAACAACACGUUUUUUGAAAAAGACGACAGAAAAUUUAUCUGGGUACCAAAGCCCCCAGCAUGUAAAUAUCGGCCAGUAUAUUGCUUCUAAUGUGCCUAGUUUGAAAGCAUUUCGUGAAGAGUCUUCAAAUAUGAAAAGUGGAGUAGGAGCUCUUCGUGCUCUUUCGUCUCUUAUGGUUUUACUUCAUAGAUAUGAGUUCAAAACAAAUCACGAAGAAUGGAUUACAUCAACCAGACCAAAGUUGGGGGCUGAUGUAAGUGGACGUAUCCGUACAGCAAUUAAUUCAAUACCUGAUGAUGUGAAGAUACUGUAUAAAGUGAGGACCGAAUUGCGUGCAGCAUUACAGAACCUCUUAAAGGGAGACGGGCUGCUGGUUCUUCCCACAAUAGCCGAUAAUCCAAUUAAACGCAACUCAAGAAAAGCUUUGUCUACAGAGUUUUAUGAUAGAUCACUAGUCUUAUCCAGCAUAUCAAGCAUGUCCGGCUGCUGUCAGAUCACGGUUCCAUUGGGAGAGCAGGAUGGCUUUCCAACUUCUAUUUCAUUUAUGGCUUUUCAUGGAGCUGACAAAUUUCUGCUUGAUACUAUGUUGGAUUGCUACUCAACACUACAAGAGCAAGUGAAACUUGCCUCCGAGCAUAUGCCAUUGCCCGAUGCUGACGGUCAUUUGGAUGCUUCUGAACUGCUGAAAGAGAAGGGAAAUGCUGCAUACAAGGGAAAACAAUGGAACAAGGCUGUCAGCUACUACACUGAAGCUAUCAAAUUGAACGGGGCUAAUUCAACUUACUAUUGCAACCGAGCAGCUGCAUACUUGGAACAGGCAUGCUUCUUGCAAGCCGAGGAGGAUUGCACGAAAGCUAUAUCACUUGAUAAAAAGAAUGUCAAGGCAUAUUUACGAAGAGGAACUGCUAGAGAGUCGCUUAUGCGAUACAAAGAAGCUUUUGCAGAUUUCAAGCACGCUCUUGUUCUUGAGCCACAUAACAAGGUUGCGAGUAAUGGAGAAAAGCGGUUGAGGAAGCUUAUGAGUUGAUCAUCUUUCGCUUACUCUACGCACGGAAGGAAGCCACUUGAGAAGGCGAUAUAAUUUUACUGGACAAAAUAGUCGAAUAUGAAAAGAACACGGUGUUUAUAGAAAUACAUUUAGAGUGUGUUUGAAUAACAUUUUACGAAAGAAAGAAAGGGGAGUGGAGGGAAGAUCAAUGUAUGAUCCUUCCGAAUCGGGAUUUUUCUCCCCUCUAAUUCCCUUCUAUUUUCUAAUUCUCCCCUUUUGGUACCUAAAUCAAGGAAAUGGUAUCGUUCAUCUCGGUUUCAUUCUUUUUCUCUAUUCUUUUUAUACAAACAUAGCAUUGGAUUCGAGAUAUAUUUUCCGUUCUUUUGAAUUUCUGUAUAUUUCGGAGAACUGUACUCAAAUUUUAAGCAGAUUUCAUAAAAUGGUACAUCAAUGGAGAUACUUUUGUAGA